AUGCUCCGCACCCUGCUCGUCGAGCGCUAUGGGAAGGAAUUCAUGCACCUAGCCUCUGAGGACAGGGCUGAUAUCAAAGUGGCCCCCAGGCUGGUGAAGAGGCUACAGGUUCGUGCGCCGACCAAGGAGCUCGUCGAGAGUUAUUUGCUGGAGAUCGCGAAAGCGUAUGGGGUUGCGUGGCCUAAAGAUUCUUCCCAGUCUACGGGACAUGGUUCUAGCGAUUCCGGCGCUGGCGAUAUUGGGGAUAUUGCAGUUACAAAUGCAGACCAGGAUGACGGGUUAAAUCUUCUACCCUCGACACCAAAGCAGCACCGCAACCAGAACGAACUGAGCAAAGCUACCCCUCCAACGGAAAUUGGCGAAGGGAAAAGCCCUGUCAGCGUGUCGCCUCCGGCUGCCAGGACGGAUAAUCUCCAUCCGCAGGUGAAGUUACCGCAGGUGACGGCUACAGCUUCCGGGGAUGCUGGGGGAGAAGCAAAGGGCAAUAUCAGCUCUGCAGGAGGGAAUCGGAUACCAGAGGUAGAUGAGUUGACGAAGAGAUUUGCUGCGUUAAGGAGGUGA